AGCAAUCAAAAUGGUACGUCCGACACCGAGAUCUACUCUGUCAGUGUUGUUGGCAACUUGAACAAUGUGAAUGGAUACGCUCUUGAGAGUGAGCGAGCCGCCCUGUCGCCGACUGCCAGCUCGCCGUCGAGCAACAAAAUUUGUCGCGAACUCUCAAAACAGCACCGCCAUGUCACUUGUUCAAUUACAAACACUGUCAACCUCAAUGUGUAUGACACCUCACUAACAUUGCAUCUAAUAGUCGGACGGAGAAGAGACCAUGUCCAACCCCCCGUUGCCGCCGACGAGGUCGAGGUUUCCGCUGACGCUGGCUCCGGCCAGAUGUCCGUCCUCGAUGCUCUCAAGGGUGUCCUCCGCAUCUCCCUCAUCCACGAUGGUCUUGCCCGUGGUCUCCGUGAGGCCGCCAAGGCUCUCGACCGCCGUGAGGCUCACAUGUGUGUCCUCAACGAGGGUUGCGAGGAGGAGGCUUACAAGAAGCUCGUUGUCGCUCUCUGCUCUGAGCACAAGAUCCCCCUGAUCAAGGUUCCCGAUGGAAAGAUGCUCGGCGAGUGGGUCGGCCUCUGCACCCUUGACCGUGAGGGUAACGCCCGCAAGGUUGUUAACUGCUCUUGCGUCGUUGUUAAGGAUUGGGGUGAGGAGUCCCAGGAGCGCUCCGUCCUCCUUAACUACUUCCAGACCGAGCAGUAAAUUAGUUCCUGUAAUCAACAGGGCUAGUUGUGGCAACGGUCUAGGGGUGAGACGAUUCGGAAUAUCGAGGAUUUAAUAGAUGGUUGUGAGGGAUACAUGGAUCGGAUAUUGGCCGGAUUUUCUGGUGUGAUGGAUGGGCCCUGUAUAUUCGGAUCUACUUUUUCUCUUUAAUCCUGCCUU